AUGGAAUCUAUCUACGAGGAAAUAAAGUCAGGAGACGACGGGUGCCUUCGUCGUUUGCUAGACUCCUGGGAACUAAAAACAAAGACGUUUUAUGGAAACCUCUGCGAUCAAUUGUCUUCGUCAGAAAAUUUCAAUAGUUUCAAGAAACUUUACGACCAGGCUUUAGCGCCAGAAGCACCCAAUGGCGAUCUUAAUCCUAUUGAAGAACAGUUAUAUGCUGUGCUUGGGCUUCGCGCUGCUCUUGAGACAGAAGUGAAGUCUUUGGAGGAACUGCGCUACGAACUAGAGGAUUCGGCCUCGGACUUUCAGGUGCGAAUUAGCUUGGAACACUCAAUAGCUGCCCGUCGCGAGCUGGAAAAUGAACUUCGUUCCACCAGGUCACGUGUUAACGAACUGGAAGUACAAAAUCAGAUUCUCAACGCCGAGAUGUUGGGCCUGAAGAGUAAGUACGAUGCGGACCUGGCCGAGGCAAAUACACGUGUACGGAUGGCCGAGAAGGCGAUUAUCGCGGCAACUCGUCGUUCUGGUCCCCCGGCAGCCUCCGCUGCCGCCGUUGCCACUAAACAAAACAGUUCGGCCUCCGAGACUUCAUCUGGCCAAACGACUGCGACAACAGAAUCUACUCGAUUAUCGUCAAGACCGCCCGACCACUCCAAUGUGUCUGCGCUCUCUUCAAUGUCUCGGUACCGCUCGCUGUCGGAUAAAUUCAACGUGAGUACGAGGCUUUCAUCUGUACCUUUGUAA